GGUACCGCUCGGAGACCUGCGGGGAAGCGGCAGCGGAGAGGGGAUCCUCUACCUCCCUGUAUAUCAACCCUGACUCUGCCAUGAGUGCCUCAUCCCUGCCAUUUGUGGUUGGAGCAAACACUGUGGAAGACCAGCGGGCUCGCUGGGAGAGAAAGCGCAGCAGGACAGCCAAGGAACUGCUGGAGACAGAACACAAAUACCUUGAGCAGCUGGAUUUGGUGCUCACAUACUUUGUGACAAUUUUAAAGGCCAAAGGGACACUGAAACCUGCUGUGUUGGAAACUAUAUUUGGACCCCUGGAGUCCUUAUAUUCAGCCAGCCAUCUUCUGUCACUUCACCUGGAGAAAGGGAAUCUGGGACCAGGACUGGAACAUUUUUGUCAGAGUCUGGAUCUUUAUGGCCACUAUGCUGAGAAUUUGGAACAGGCAAAUAAAACAUUAAAGGAGCAAGUGAGGAAAAAUAAGUCAUUCCGGCGGUUUAAGAAACUCCAGGAGACUCGACCUCAGUUUCAAGGGAGGGAGCUAGAGGACCUGCUUCCUUUGCCCCUGCAGAGGCUGCACCAGUACAAGCAUUUCUUCAGAGACCUGCUGGAGAACACCAGCCCAGACACUGCUGAGUACCAGAAACUUGCAAAGACUGUGAAAUCUGUUUGUGAAGUAUCUCACUGGGUCCAAGACAUCUUUGAUAAGAGAGAGAACUCCUUGCAGCUACUUCGGGUUCAGAAAUUGCUCAAAGGACAAAAGACACAGGUUUUGACUUCAGGGCGCUGGUAUAUCCGGGAAGGCUGGCUUUCAGUGGUGCCUGCAAAGGGAGAAGAACUGAAGCGCAGGAUGUUCUUCCUGUUCUCUGAUAUCCUCAUUGCAGCGAAGCCCUGCCACCCACUGCACCUGCUGAACUCCAACAAACUGUCCUGCCGGGCUGUCUAUCCGCUCCACCAGUGCUCGGUGGAUAAAGUGUUCGGCCACACGUGGAGCCAGGGAGGGCUCCUCAGUCUUUCCUUCCCACACAAGACACUGCUGUUGAUGUCCUGCAACCAACAAGAGAUCAAUGACUGGUACCGGAGUCUCACAGCUGCAGUCAGGCAGCUGAAAGCCUGA